CUCGCGGCUUCCUCUUCCGGUCUGCAGGCUGCUGAACUGAAAGUGCUGGGCUCUGGGCGCUCGGCGGAGACUGGUUCACCUUCACCUGCGCGAGCCCCCACCGACCCGGGUGGGAAGCCAAAAGAGCAGUGAGACAUGAACGGAAGAGUGGAUUAUUUGGUCACUGAGGAGGAAAUCAAUCUUACCAGAGGACCCUCGGGGUCAACCGAAAUUGAAAGUGCCCUGAAUUGUGAGCCGGGAGUACAGCCUUAUAAAGGGCUGGGCUUCAACAUCGUCGGUGGCACAGAUCAGCAGUAUGUCUCCAACGACAGUGGCAUCUACGUCAGCCGCAUCAAAGAGGAUGGGGCUGCGGCCCUGGAUGGGCGGCUCCAGGAGGGUGAUAAGAUCCUCUCGGUAAAUGGCCAAGACCUAAGGAACUUGCUGCACCAAGAUGCUGUAGACCUUUUUCGUAAUGCAGGCUAUGCUGUGUCCCUAAGAGUGCAGCACAGGUUACAGGUGCAGAAUGGGCCUCUAGGACAUCGAAGUGAAGGAGAGCCAAAUGGCAUCCCCAUAGCUCUGGUGCUGGUGCCAGCGUUUGCCCUCACCAUGGUGGCAGCCUGGGCCUUCAUGAGAUACCGGCAGCAACUAUGAAAAGCUUGCUCUCUUCCAGUGCUCCCACUAGAAGACACGUUUUCUUUCCCUCUCACCCUCGUCCCCUGCCAUUCUCCCAUAUCCUUCCCUCUCUCUGCAUAGCCAACACGUUCUUGAAAGAGACUGCUACCCAAGCAGGACCUCACUGUCCAAAUGUCCACAUCCUCAUAUCUAAUGGGAGAGUGAAGGCAUUGUUUGAAAGAAAGCUGAAGAAAAGACAUGCUUAGAACAAAUGGGGAGUUAGGUAUUUUGCUCGGAUCACCAACAGAAGUUCAGCUACCACCCAAAGAGGGAAAGGUCCGGUCUUUCCGUCAGCACGGUGAUACCUUUUUCUGAGCUGGCAUGCCUCAAAGGCCAGCUGUGUGAUGCAAGAGAAGAGAGGAUUUUUCUUCUUAAUGAUCUUCCUUGGGAAGUUUUUGUGGCCUUUAUUUAAUUUCUAUCUACAUACUUGGGUGCCUAUAUCAAACACAGGAUAAUGAGAGCCUUUUUACUUUUAUAAAACAAAUGCGUGCUCACGUGCGCGUGCACACACAUACACAUAUCCAUACAUGACAGUAUAAUAGUGAUGCCUUACGGAGAAUUAAAGAAGUGGAAAGCUGCUCUGUGGUUUCAGGUUUCUGAUAAAAGGGAAGUUCUUAAUGGAAGAAUUUGAUACAUAGCAGGAGUGAGAGAAUGAGCCUUGAAAGAGGAUGCCCAAUCUGAGUCAUUUAAAAAAAAAAAAAAAAGCAACUAAUUAAAAAUCUUAGAACAAUAUUUCUUCUCAUAAUAGCUAUGCUGAAGUGGAGGUAAAAUGCCAUAAUCCAGCUUUGUGCAAGUCGAUCUGUUCCACACCCUUUGAGAUGUAAAGAUAAAUCUUACUCGUUCUCUGGGCUGCCCCAGUGAUUUUUUUGGUACCUCAUAGUCCUGUUAAAGGAUCAGCUGGAAUGACUGUGGUCAGAGCUUUGGUGAUGAGGCCAGACCAACCCAGUGAAAGAACUCUAAAAUACAAAAGGAUAAUGACCCCAAGGUGACACCUGAACCCUCUCAGGCCAUCUAACAGAUUUUUUUGGUUUCUAGUGAUAGGCAAAUUCUAAGAGAAGGACCUGCUCUCUGGCAGGAUAGGCAUGAAAUCAGCUCUGCUCCUGAUUCAGUUGAGAGGGUUUGGAUUGCAGGUUUUUUUGAAAGGCUCUAAACACUGGCUAUGGCUUCUAAUAAACCCUUUUGCAGGGAAUGGGAAGGAAAGGGGUUUUGUUUUGUUUUAGUGGGUAGGGAAGUUUGGUGGAUGUUUCAUGGGGAAACCUUGAGAGAAGGCUAUGGAUGAAUGGAUGCUCAGGAAUACCAAAGACAUUAAUGAGGUGCAAACUAUUCUGUUCGUGUGAUAUCGAACGUUGGUUUUAAAACACUAAGGAGAGCUGAACCAAGACUAAUUCUCUGGCUUAAAAAAAAAAUCAUUUCCGUCCUCCAAAUAUAUUAUCUAGACUAUAGGCCUUACAUAAUCCUGACAGCAUGAGUAUGAAGACUUUCCCUGAGGUAACCAGUUGUGUCCAGUUUUUAGCAUGGAUAAUCCAGUAAGCAUUUGUUGAUUGGACACCACCUUAGUUAAGACACUUUCACAAAGAAUGUCACAUUUAUAUUGCAGACGGCAACAGGGAACAGUUACUGAGAAGACACUUGAGGAAGUUCCAUGGAGGAAGGGGAUGAAUUAAGGACCCUUGAGGAGCUCACAGUCUAGUUAAGAGAAUACAUAAAUAGAUGAGCAGUUAAAAGUAGCAACAGACAUGUGCAGGCAGCCAUCACAUUUU